GCUCUGUUUUGCUCUCCUCGGAAAGUGACGAGAGUCAAGAGCUGAACACCAGCGACAUUGACAUUGCGGAGUUCCUUCCCUCCAGUCCCUCGAAGCCGCCGGUCCGGAAUUUCAAAGUGAAUGAGAACAGAAACAGAAGAAUAAUAGCUUCAGCAUCCGAGGACGACGAUAUGGGGAAUAAUGUGCC